AUGGCAAGCCUUCGAAAAACGCACCCCCUCCUAAAAAUCGCAAACGACGCCCUCGUUGAUCUCCCCGCCCCGUCAAACAUCUCAGUGUGGUGAAACUUUGGAUCUCUUCUCGGACUCUGUCUGAUCGCCCAAAUCCUAACAGGCCUUUUUUUAGCCAUACAUUACACCGCCGACAUCAACACCGCCUUCUCCUCCGUCGCUCAUAUUACCCGAGACGUUAAUUACGGGUGACUAAUCCGGGACAUACAUGCCAACGGCGCAUCUUUCUUUUUCAUCUGUAUCUAUAUGCACAUCGGCCGAGGCCUUUAUUACGGCUCUUACCUAUAUAAAGAGACAUGAAACGUUGGGGUGGUCCUCUUACUUCUUGUAAUAAUGACUGCUUUCGUAGGAUACGUCCUGCCCUGAGGACAGAUGUCAUUUUGAGGCGCAACUGUAAUUACCAACCUUCUUUCGGCAGUACCCUACGUCGGCAAUGCUCUUGUACAGUGAAUUUGAGGAGGAUUCUCAGUAGAUAAUGCCACCCUCACCCGUUUCUUUGCCUUCCAUUUCCUCUUCCCGUUUGUGAUUGCAGGGGCUACCAUAGUACACCUACUGUUCCUUCAUCAAACCGGCUCAAAUAACCCCCUUGGCCUCAACUCAACUAGUGACAAGAUCCCUUUUCACCCCUACUUUUCUUACAAAGACCUUUUGGGGUUUGCAGCCCUCCUGGUCGCACUAGCUACAGUUGCACUUUUUACCCCCAAUCUCCUGGGAGAUCCAGACAAUUUUACCCCCGCUAAUCCCCUUGUAACUCCCCCUCACAUCAAGCCUGAGUGAUACUUCUUGUUUGCUUAUGCAAUCUUACGCUCUAUUCCCGACAAACUUGGAGGCGUUCUAGCCCUCCUUGCCUCUAUUCUGGUCCUCCUCGUCGUCCCCUUUCUCCACACGUGCAAAUUGCGUAGUCUAACUUUUCGUCCCCUCUCACAACUCCUCUUCUGGAGCCUCAUCGCAGACGUCGCAAUUCUCACCUGAAUUGGGGGCAUGCCCGUCGAAGACCCUUACAUCAUUAUUGGCCAAGUCGCAUCCGUCUUAUACUUCUCUAUCUUCCUCAUCUUCUUCCCCCUCGCAGGCUGAUUAGAAAACAAAAUCCUCGGCUUAGCAU